AUGUCCGGUCUUGAGAUUGUCGCAGCUGUUUCUGCUGUCGUAUCAGCCUUCCAUGGUGGAUCAGAGCUGCUCAAACUUGUCAAGCAGAAACGCCGCGCUCGCAAAGCCCGCGAUCAAGCUCAACAAGAAUGGCAAGAAGAGCAACUGCAAGCUUCUUUGUUGGCAGGGGAGCAACAGAUUGACCUAAGGUGGAAACAAGAUCAGAGAGAGUUAGGCGACUAUGUUCGCGUAGGAGACGAUACCGCUCGAGAGCGCCUCUACCAUAUAGGAUUCAUGCUACAGGCUCAGAUCAUCAAUAGCUUACAGCAAGCUGCUACAAACGGGGUCUUGCCUCUCAAUUUACAUGUCUUACACGAAGCCUCGAUCACGAAACGGACAGAGACGUUAACGACAUUGGACGAAUUGAAACAGAGGAUAUACAUAGCAAGGCCUAUGGUGCGGCAAUUGUGGCCGCUUGGGGAAGAUCAUACGGGUGCAUCCGUGCGGACCGCACAAGUGCAUGAUUACGGCAGGAUCCACUCGCUAUCGGACAAUUAUCCUACCACAAGCUUCUUACCACACAUGGAUCCUGGAGAUACAGGAUAUACUUUGGCCGACUAUUGCGGGAGCAAGACUACUAGAGAUACGUCUAGCGGCUCUCGAUCGGCCUACACACCUGCACAAACUGCAGAUCCAAAUUUCAGUUUAGCUUUGGAUGGACUCCGCCCUGGAGACCGUGCAUCUAUUCUGAGAGACAUUCAACAUAUAAUAAGCUCUUACCAAGGACUGGGUAUUGAGAACGAACAAAGACCACCAGAAGGCCAUGCGCAUAGCGGAGGUCAUCCUGCCCGACGCGAUACCCUGACCAUGCUCAAUGACAGAGAAUUCUAUGACGAAGCAAUGAAAGAGAAGGACCGAAGCGUACCCCGACGUCCCCAUGGCCCGUUACUUAACCAAUCCUCACAGAUAAACAAUCAGUAUCCCCAGACACAAACGCAAACGCUGCAUCCUCGAUGGUCAGAUGCCUCUAGCUCAGCGCAGUCGAAUGCGGCUUCUCUCGGUCGCAACAGCUCUAAUUCAUCGCAAGGUGACCAUGUCCGUCCUCCAGUGUCAUCAUACGAUCAACACGAUGAGAUCUAUAAAAGUCCACCGUAUACCUCUCCCUACGCAACUGCAGAAGACAGAUAUACACCCUCGCCUAUCGCACCACUGGCACCCUUACGUCCUCAAACUAAUGCGCCAUCGACUAGUUCUCCCAAGAAUGACGUGAGUGCACCAACAAGUAUGCCAUGGCCCCACCAGGAUUCUCCCCCUCCGCUGCAGUCUAUGUCACCAGUACAAUAUAACCCAAUACAGCCAUACAGUGUGCCAAUUGAAAAGGACGCUGUGGAAAUUAGUAAAUCAACGCAUCCUCAGUAUUACGUGACGCCUCCAACAGAACGUGGUACAUCCAGUUUACGCAGUAACAGCGAUUGCCAAACUACUGCGUACGUUCCCCCAACUGUAGCUUCUCCUUCUUCGGUGCUAGGGUCUACAGCUGUCUUCCGCCCUCGACACGCCAGCAUCACGCCCUCUGUCGCUUCGACCGACAGUAGUAGCUCUGCCCCGAUCGGUAUCCUUCCAGGUCACCGUAUGCGCAGCAGCAUCAGAUCCGAUACUAUACAGGGCGGACCUGCAGGCGGAGAAAGAAUGAUGAACGGGCGCCCGAAUAAGGAUAACGAUUACUGGGGGUUUUGUAAAGGUGCCUGGGCUGUAAGAGAGGACCCUAAGAAGGGCAUCAGCGUUCGUACCCAGCCCUUGGGUUACUAUAAUACGAGACAAAUCUGGGGCUGCAAGUCAUGCACGUUCACAGGCGACGUCUUCACUGCACCGCAUCCCACCAAGAAGAACAAGACUGUCGAAAUUGUCGAUCCGCGAGUCAAGAUCUCGAUGUCGGGAAUACGCUAUCGAUGGAUAUUUCUCGCUAAAUCCCACGUCAAGAAGAAAGCAUCAGACCCUACCUCGAACGACGACAACUUUGGCUGCGUACUUUGCCUGGCACAGGACAAGGUAACGGGGGUUUAUGGCGGAGUGGAAACACUCAUGAAUCAUAUCGCGCUGACGCAUGUGGCGGACAUGAGCGAGCAGACACGGAAGAAAGUCAACUGUAUCUUGGGCAGAGUGGCAAAGUGUGAUGAGGAGUUCGACAUCAACAUACCAAUUUUUAAAGAGACGGAGCUUGCCGGUUGA